CUCUGCUGGAGAAACGAUCGCCUAGAAAGCAGUGACGGAGACGGCCUGCCUCAGUCAUGGCUUCAACUGAUGAGGUGCGCACGGGAUCGGCACGAACAGAACCUGGAGCUGGUCAGAUCAGACGAUGGUCUGUUUGUCUGUACCAUCCGGGAGAUCCUACAGGGAGAGGAGUUGCUGAUCUGGUACCGAGAAACUCUUGCCCGGGAAGUCGGCGUUCCUAUUCUGACGCCAUGUCAUAUCAGAGGCCACCAGAAGUAUGUCUGUACGGGAUGUCAAGCCGUCUACACACACCCCAACACACUGAAAGCCCACAUGUUUCUGCAGUGCCGAAAAUCCGCAGUUUCCUCCAGCACUGACGAAGAGCACUUGGUUCCGUUCCAUCUUUUGCUACAGACAUUGAGCCAGUCGUCAUCCGUGUCUGCUGAAAGAGACCGGAAGCUUUUGCACUCUUGUAGAAACCAAAGACUGGCCAUAGCAGCGUCAUCUAGGCUGCUUCCGGGUUGUUCCGGAUGUGGGUUGACGGACGAUAAGAACACUUACAAGUCGGCGUUUCGGUCGCCAUCUUCUGCGCGGGAUAUUAAAAAGGAACUAGGGUCCGAUGAGGGACUUAUGACACCCGACUCAUCAACUGACCAAAGCAGCGCUUUAAACUUAUCUGUGAAACUGACUGAAGCGUGUAGUUCCAUGGACAAAGUCAAAGAUAUAUCGCUGCAUGCUGUCCAUCAAUGGGAUACGAUCACUGCCCAGCACAUGAUGGCUCAGGCGCUACCUGUCCCCGUAGAAUUCGCCAGCUUGGCAGGAUGUUAUCCAGUACCUCCCCAUCUUCACGCUUUCGGCAUCCAGCUAAUGAGUUCUGGACAGGCAGCGCUACCACCAGGUCAUCGUUACGACACCUCCUUUGGCAGCUCCUUAUGCAACAGUGGGGAGUACUCUCUCAUCUCCCCGCACAUGGACGACGUGCACGACAAUAUCGGAUUCUCCCUCUUCAAACCACAAUCAUCAUCAGGUUCCUCGUCGGUCCGACAAGUUCGCGGAAACAAUCCGUAUAGUUUUUCCCUUCCCUCGGACAAAGAACCAUUAGAUCUGCUUCCCCAAGCUUAUUUCGCAAACAAAUCCAAGAAAGGCCAUCUGUGUCUGUGUUGUGGUAAAUUGUAUUCACGAAAAUAUGGACUGAAAAUCCACAUGAGGACUCACAAUGGAUACAAACCACUUAAAUGUAAGAUAUGUUCGCGACCUUUUGGCGACCCCAGUAAUUUAAAUAAACAUGUCAGACUGCACGCGCAGGGAGAAACGCCGUACAGAUGUGAUUUUUGCGGGAAAGUUCUUGUUAGAAGACGCGAUUUGGAGCGUCACGUGAGAUCGCGGCAUCCCAUGGGAUGUGUUGCAGAAGAUACCACUUUGGGCGUGUGUGAAUCGUCCCCAGACUCUAGUCCAGUGAGCGUAGAGAGCUCCGAGAAUUCUAUGGCAUCUAAAGACCCCAUGUAUGAAAACAGCUGA